AUGUCAUAUGGAGUAGACAAAACGCAAAAGACGCAGAAGGAGUAUAUGGUCGUGAAUGAUAACACCAAACAUGAGACGAUGCUGGGUUUCAUGAACAAGAUCGCGGACAAUCAGAUGGAUGCUCGCGAGAAGCUGCAAAUGGUGGUAGCGCGCAUCGAGGACUCUACAUGUCGUAUCGGCGAGGAGUUGGCUGGGUUCCGAACCAUGAUGGAGAAGGUGUUGGAGAAGAUGUUGGAGCAGCAGACCCAAGAGCCGCGACUGCACGACCCGACAGAGCCGACGAGGUCGGCGGCCGAGGCGGCGAUGAGCAAGGAGGCCGCUGCGAGCGGUGAGGCGACCGCGGUGGCGCCGGGCAGCGAGGCGGGACGCGUGGAGGUGGCUGGGAACCCUAGCCGCGCGGGCCAAGGCAACGUUGGGCCCACCCCUGGAGCGGGCCAACCGCUCAGGCCCACGACCUAG